UUAGCACCAGCAGCUGCAGCGAUCUGACCGCACGAAAACCCACGCACGUGCUGACUUCGUCGAGACACAAUAUCCUCACACAAUUAAUUCCCUCGAGACAUUCAAACGAACCUACCAGCCAACUCCAACAACGUUCCAUGAUACCGCCCGGACAUGCCUGAGCCGUCCCCACGAGGAUCCCCCCGAAUUGUCGUCGUCCUGCGACAAUGUCCAUCCGCGUCCUAAUCAAAGAGUACCCGCACCGAGCUAUUGCCCUCACCACCGAGACACAUGCCCUCGUCCUCCGCCACAGCACCGCCUCCACCGACAAUGGCCUCACAAACGCUUCGAGCACCUCGCUGGGUAGCAAUGGCGUCGCCAGCGCCCGCGCCAUGGUCGAGUUCUCGACGAUCGGAGAGGUGGACCUGAGCGACUACCGGUCGCUAAAUUCAGUAUAUGCGCACGGAACGCUGGGAUUGAUAACGGUCAAUGGGGACAUCUUCCUUGUUGUCGUAAAUGGCGCAAGCAAGGUGGCUACCGUCAGGCCUGGCGAAACGGUCCAGAGGAUCCAUUCCGUGGGCUUCUACUGCUUGAAUAGCUCGAGCUACGAUGCUCUGCUCAACGACGAGGUCAAUCCGUACCCAACCGAUACCAUUGAUGAUGAGGGAUUCGAGACGGGGUUUGGUAGAGGGAAGGGAGAGUCGCCCAUGGAACACCCAUGCCUUGCAUUGAAGAAAUUACUGAGCAGCGGUACCUUCUACUACAGCUCGGACUUUGAUUUGACCAGGAGGCUGCAGAAGCGGUCAUCGGAUGCCAUGACUGUUUCCAUCGACAGUCUGGAUGCUGGUUUCCUGUGGAAUUCCUACAUGAUUCAGCCUUUAGUUGAUUUCCGAUCUCGACUGGGCCCCCGCGAGAAGGCCGCUCUGGAUGCUUCUGGGAUUCUGACUUCGGCCAUCCGAGGAUUCGCUCUUACGGUUACGGUUCCCUCUUCUUCGUCUCCAAUCAAGGCGCCCCGUUCAGGACUUCCGGCGGCGAUGACCCUCAUAUCUCGACUGUCCUGUAGGAGAGCUGGCACAAGGUUCAAUGCACGUGGAAUCGAUGAUGACGGAAAUGUUGCCAAUUACGUCGAGACGGAGACUAUAUAUUGGUCACCAGCGGGAACUUGUUUCUCAUACACCCAAGUCAGAGGAAGUGUUCCUCUGUUCUGGGAACAGGCAACAGGUUUGCUGCCAGGGCAGCAGAAGAUCACUAUAACUCGCUCGCCAGAAGCAACACAGCCAGCAUUUGACAAACAUUUCGAAAAUCUAGAGAUUAGCUAUGGUGCCAUCCAUGUAGUCAAUCUCCUCAGCAAUGAGAAACAGAAUGAAAUCGAACUGUCAAACAGGUACAGACAUCACAUAAGAAACUCCUCGUUGAACUAUAGAGACGAAAAGGAGCAUGAGCUUGUGAAGCUUACGGAAUACGACUUCCAUGCCGAGACUCGAGGACCUGGUGGAUACGAAGCUGCCAGCAUGAUAACGCAAUGGAUUCAGCAGUCGGCGGACGGUUUCGCCUACUUCUUGUCCGAGGAGAUCGAGGACCGUGUGAGAAAUAAUGGGCAAGAGCAAGUGUACCGGAGACCGACAGCAGUGCUGCACCAAGAAGGCACCUUCAGGACGAACUGUCUCGACUGUCUAGAUCGGACGAAUUUAGUUCAGACAAUCAUCAGCAAGAUGUCUUUGGAUAUCUUCCUCGGCCACAAGGGAGUUCGCGCGAGCCCUGACUUCUGGGCUAGGCAUUCGAGUAUGUGGGCUGAUAAUGGCGAUGCAUUGUCGCGAAUCUACGCCGGCACUGGAGCACUGAAAUCGUCGUUUACCCGCCACGGCAAGAUGUCGCUUGCGGGAGCAUUGGCCGAUGCUCGUAAAAGUGCCACCAGAAUGUACAUCAAUAACUUCGCAGACAAAGGACGACAGAACACUAUCGACAUGCUCCUGGGCCGGCUGAUGGGGCAAGCUCCAGUCCAUCUCUAUGACCCGAUCAAUGACUGGGUCAUUGCGGAAUUGACACGGAGGUCCGUGGAGUUCGCAGAGAACGAGGUUAUCAAUAUGUUGGUCGGCACCUUCAACUUGAACGGGAAAACGCACGGCAUAGAUGACGACCUCUCACCCUGGCUGUGCCCAGAUGUGCACCCUUCACAGCAAUGUCCAGAGAUCGUUGCUGUAGGAUUCCAGGAAAUCGUCGAGCUCAGCCCGCAGCAAAUAAUGUCAACUGACCCAGCGAGACGACAACGGUGGGAAGCUGCCGUUCGGAGAUGUUUGAACAACAACGCCGAAAAGCAUGGAAAGGAAGAGUAUGUACUGCUUCGAGGUGGUCAACUCGUUGGUGCCUCUCUUUCAGUGUUUGUUCGAGCCAGCUGCUUGAAAGUCAUCAAGAAUGUUGAGGGAAGUCUCAAGAAGACCGGAAUGUCCGGUAUUGCUGGCAAUAAAGGCGCUGUUGCGAUUCGCAUGGAGUACGCAAAUACGUCGAUCGUGUUCGUCACCGCUCACUUGGCCGCUGGUUUUGCCAACUACGAAGAACGCAAUCGAGACUACAGAACCAUCAGCCACGGCUUGCGGUUUCAACGGAACAGGUCGAUCGAGGACCAUGACACAGUCAUCUGGCUAGGAGACUUCAACUAUCGUAUCGGUCUCAGUAACGAUAAAGUGCAGAAACUGUGCCAAGUCGGCGAUUUGGAGACCCUUUAUGAGAAUGACCAGCUGAACCUGCAAAUGGUUGCGGGCCUCACCUUCCCCUUCUACAACGAAGCUCGCAUUACCUUCUUGCCCACGUACAAGUACGAUCUUGGGACAGACACCUACGAUACAUCGGAAAAAGCACGAAUUCCAGCAUGGUGUGACCGCGUUCUCCGCAAAGGUGACAAUAUCCGCCAGAUCAAUUAUGACGCUGCCCCCCUAAAGUUUUCUGACCAUCGUCCCGUCUAUGCCACGUUCCAAUGCCUCAUCAGUAAAGUUGAUGAGAAGAAGAAGGAGCAGCUAAGCCAGGAGCUCUACCAUCAAAGACGUCUCGUGGUAGGCGAAACGCGGGCAGGUGGGUUCGACGACAGUGACGAUGAAGACCUGAUCGGCUACGACUCCAUCGAGCCCGGUCUGCCACCCGCAAGCUCAGACAGGAGGAAGUGGUGGCUUGACAACGGUCUACCUGCACGCUCACGGGUCCAACCACCAUCCGACUCGCACAUCCCCAACCCUAAUCGACCGAGCAACCCCUAUACCCCAAGCCCAGAACCCGAAUGGGUAGAAGUCCAGCGCAUGAGGCCGGAGCCUCCACCCGCAAGAGGUACAUCACGAGCCCGUACCAUCGACUUCAACGGCACUCCGUCGUCCAACACAACAACCAACAACUCACGACACCCCACAAACCCACCCGCGAGGAAGCUCGCCGCCCCUCCCUUCAACCCCAACAACCCAUCCUCCGCGAUACCCCCAAGCCGCGACAUCAUCCGCGACGCCUCUGGCCUCCAACGAACCACUUCAAACGCCUCCACGCACUCCCUCCCCAUCCUCCCCCAACGAAGGGUCCUCCCACCCCCCAUACUCUCUCCGCCGUCCACAGACCCCACAAAAGACCCAUCAUCCCGCAAAGCCGCGCCUCCCAUCCCCGGCAAAAAGCCCUCCCACCUCGCAACCUCGACCUCCCCUCCCUCCACCUCUCCCCAACCCCACCAACAACGCUACCGCGACCUCCCGGACUCCCCUCCCCACGACCGCAGCAGACCCCAACCCCCGCCCGGCCGCCGAGCAAUGGCCCCCGCCCCGACAAACCUUGGCCGCAAGCCCCAGCCCCAGCCCGUCGCCAACCUCAUCGACGCAAGCGAAGACCGGCCGCCGCUGCCGCCGAGGACAGGCACGGGCUCGACGGCGGGGAGCAGGGGCGGCAGACCGAAUCUCCUGGACGACGAGCAUGGCGAUGAGCUUGAGGCGCUGAGGGGGUGGGAGGUGCUUCGGCCCGUGAGGUGAUCGACCCAUCGUUGGAGAAAAGGAACGGAAGGAGGAGAGAGUGGGACAUGGGGUGUGGUCAGUUGGGAGAUAUGGCGGUGUUGUUGUGGCAUAUAUGGAUGGAUGGCAUAUAGGUGUAUAUUUGAGCACAUACACCUCCUCCUAAUCUAGCGAUGAAAGCGGAGAGAGGGGGAUAUAGUGUCAUCGAAUGUAGAGAGAAAUAUAAAAAUAUGUAUCUCGUCCGAGAGAUG